CGCGAACGUCGAGUGUAUGCCGGGCGUUGGGGGGGCGUCGCGACGCUUCUGAUCACAAAUUCCUGCAUUCUGACGACAAGUUUCGUCCAUAGUGGACCUACCAUCUCGGCUGCAAUCCGACUGACAAUUAGAAGAAGCUCAUUCGCUGAUGAAAGUGAUAAUUAUUCUGUAUUACGGAGGAUCUCGCAGGAGAAUUGAGAGGUGGAUAGAUACGGAUCGAGUUAAAAGGAUGAGAGACGGCCGCUUGACGUCGUCAGAAUAUCCGGGGAUGCGAAUUUCACGCGCAGGCUCACUGAGGACCACGGAGCUGCAUCUCCUGAUCAUCCCCACCCGGGUCGACAAACCCUUACUGCGACGGAGAAGCGCUCGACUGCAACGUGAACCGGUCAACAUUCGCGCUCAGGUUCUCCGGCGCGGCGGUCGUUCGCUCUCAAACGUUUUCUAUCGUUUCGAAUAGACUGCAACACAGAAGUGAUCAGUGCAGUCGGUUUUUAUUUCUUUGCUUUUUGUUCAAACACUAGCACUGAUCCUUUUCAACGAUAUUCA